UGUGUAUGCCAACCGCCUAUGAACCCCACAAGAAGAAGAAGAAGAAGAUUGUCGCUGACUGCGCAGGGCUACGUUCACCCAGUGGGUCACAAUCAAAGGUCCAAUAUGAUCGGUAAAAUAAUAGGAGAGAAGUACAUCGCUAUCGCCAGGACGUGGGCCCCCACACUGGCAGUCUGGGGCGGCGUUGGUGGAGUCGCGCUCAUCCAUUUCACAGAUUGGAAGUUGUUCCUGAACUACGUCCCAUAUAUCAACGGGAAAUUUAAGAAGGACGACUAGAGCAUCUCCACGGGUGUUGUUUAGGAGGCUGACUGUGCCGGGCCUCCAUUGAGAACAUCACCACAUCUGACGGGCGCCUAGACUCAUCUUCAGCGGAGGAAGUGGAUCAGACUAUCUGUGAUGCCUCAUUGUGGCAUGCUCCACACAAUUGAAUAAUAUAAUAUUUAUAAAUCCAUUUUGUACUCUUUUUUUUGGUUGCCAUACAUCUUAAGAUGUGGUUGUGAUUGUUGAUGUGGAAGUGUUCCCGUGGUACAGUCCUAUUCUUAUUUUCCAUUAAAAUGUUAAUUUUA